AUUAAAAAAAAAGUCAUGGCACCUAUAAACGCUGAAAAACGUAGUUUAAAAGAAAUAAAGGCCCACAAAGCGGAGAAAAAGAAAUGGAAAGAGCAAAAUCUAAUUAAAAAAUACGAAAAACAACAAUUAAAAGAACAAAUAAAAUCAUCAAAACAAAACGAUGUUAUUGAAUCGGUUUCGAAAGAACUUCCAACCAUAAGUAUAGCGAUUCCUGGUUCGAUUUUGGAAAAUGCGCAAUCACUUGAACUUCGAACGUAUCUUGCGGGGCAAAUAGCCCGGGCUGCUUGCGUUUUUCAAGUGGACGAAGUUGUUGUUUUUGAUGAUUAUGGUGAUGAAGUUGGAGCUAAAAAGUCAACAAUAGAAGAUUCCGAUGGUGUACUUAAAACAACACGAAAAUGUUGUGCUCAAUUAGGAAGGAUAUUACAAUACUUGGAAUGUCCUCAAUAUUUAAGAAAAUUCUUCUUUCCAAUUCAUAAAGAUUUACAAUAUGCGGGGGUUUUAAAUCCCUUAGAUGCACCUCAUCAUUUAAGACAAAAUGAUGUUUUCGAGUUCAGAGAAGGAGUUGUAACAAAUAAACCUGUUAAAUCAGGUCGUGGUUCUCAAGUAAACAUCGGUCUUUUACAAGAUAUCCACAUUGAUAAAUUAUUAACACCUGGAAUACGAUGUACAGUUAAACUUUUAAAACAAGAUGGAAGUAAAAAAUUAAAAGGUUUAAUAGUUCCCCCAAAAACUCCUAAAAUAGAAACCGGUGUUUAUUGGGGGUACGAAGUUCGAUUAGCUAAUUCUUUAUCCCAAGUACUUUCACAAUGUCCAUAUAAAGAAGGUUAUGAUUUAACAAUAGGAACAUCAGAUAAAGGAACAUCAAUAGAUGAAUUUGAAUCAUCAAAGUACAAACAUGCUUUAAUCGUUUUUGGUGGUUUAAAUGGUUUGGAAGCCGCUUUAGAAAACGAUAACGUUCUUAACAUUGACGAUCCAAGUUUAUUAUUUGAUCAUUACUUGAAUACAAUUCCAAAUCAAGGAUCAAGAACGAUUCGUACCGAAGAGGCCGUUUUAAUUACUUUGACAUCGCUAAGAACGAAAUUAAAUUUAAAUAUAGAUGGUCGAAAAAAAUUGGGUGAUAAAAAUAUAAAAGAUUUAAGUAGGUUUGAUUAAUUAUCUCAAUCACCUCUUUCCUGUUGUAUAAUUUUAUUUUUCAUCUAAAACUACAUAAAUUCGUUUUAACAAUUGUUUUAAAACUUAACAAAUGGAAGAAGUCUUCAUUCUCUUUAAUGAGGUAUAACUUGGAAAUUAAAUUUUAAUUCUAACAAAAAUAACGUUUGAAACGAUAAAUGAAGAAAGAAAAUUGUUAAAAACGAUUAAAUGCGUUAUUAAUACAUGGUAUUUACAUAUUA